AUGGCCCGUCUCGGCCACAAGAAGUCUCGCAAUGGCUGCCAACGUUGCAAAGCGAGACACGUCAAGUGCGACGAAGCCAGGCCAUGUUCGAAUUGUGUAAAGCAUCAUCUGGAGAAGGAAUGUAGUCUAGUUACAGGCAAUCCGCCGGUAGGACUGCCCGUGAAGCGCCAACCCAUCAGUCGGCCACCAGUGGAGCGCAUAUCGAUACCCGAACCAUUGAAGACGCCCCCAGCCCGGACGUCAAGUGCUCCCUCGCUUUCCAUCCAUUAUGUUCUAAACCCACCUCCUACGGCACCACCAACCUCCACUGGAUCCAACGCAUCAUCGCCUCAAUCUCAGAAUGACACCUAUCCCUUCCUCACCAGAUUCUUCCACAGGACCGAUAGCUCCCAGUCAGCCUUCACUGCCCGCGACCUAGAGUUAAUGUACCUCUCCUUCGUCCCCUUCUACAGCUCGACACGACUAACCAUACCAAGGCAUCAUUGGACCAUCUCAACAUCCCAAACCAUGUCCUCACGGGAAGAUGUGUCCACCUAUUGGGCCGUCGAGGGGCCCAAACUCGCCAUGCCAUACCCGUAUCUGCUUCAGGAGCUUCUCGCCCUGUCAGCACUGCACAAAGCAAAUCUGGAGAAGGACCAACGUAGCACAUUCUACGCCCUGGGAGUCUACCACCAGGACCUCGCAAUCCAUGAAAUGAGGGCAAGGCUCCCCACAUUAAAUCCCGACAACGCAGGAGCCAUGUUCGCUACAGGUGCACUCCUCAGCAUGGGCGUGUUUGCGUCAACUGGCAUGAGUGCCUCGCACAUGGAACGCAGCUUGGGGAAACCCAGGUCAUCGAUUGAUGCUCUCCUCGACAUUUUCUCGCUGCUACAAGGCAUGUACAGCAUCCUCAACCAGGAGCGGCCGAAUGUGGCGACCGGUCCGUUCCGCAUUCUUAUCGAGGACACCGAUGAAGAUUGGGUGGACCCUAAGCAGACGCUUUUCGACGAUCUUGAGAACCUCUUGCCCUCUGUCCAAGCCUUCAUCGAGGCGCAGUCAUUGCCCUGGACAACGCGCUCCGAGACCGUGGGCGCACUUGCAACCCUCCGGACGUGUCUUCACGAUGCGAAUCGGCCUCGUGCAACUACUCGAGAGAUCCGUUUUCUCUUCUUCUGGGCGAGUCGAAACACCCCGACCUUCUUCAGCAUGCUGCGCUCCAAGGAACCCGCAGCUCUUGUGGUCCUGGCUUACUACGCCGUGGGCUUUGCCAUAGCGGAAGGCCGCUACUGGUAUAUGGAUGGCUGGGGUCCGCGGAUUCUCGGUGACAUUGCCGAGAUUCUUGGUGGCCAAUCUGUCUGGCGUCCCGUAAUACAGUGGCCCUGGGAGUACGUACAUCGCAGUGCGAUGAAGAAAGAUGAUGGACUGCCUCGACCUCAACAACCACAUCCAUUUGAUUUGCGAAAGCUGAGAACCGCAUGA